GCCUUUCCCUCUCCACUUCAUUUUAUUCGUCAGACCUCUCACUCGCAUCUGCACCCUCCAUCCAUCCUUCCUCUUGUAAACCUUGACCAUGGAUCCUGAGCCUUCGUGGGCUCCCAGCCCUACCCCCAGGAGCACACUGUCUACUCCCAACGCCACUGCACUCUGGCUGGGCCGGGAUGAGGAGCUCGCCAAGGUGGAGAUUGGCAUUCUUGCUACUGUCCUGGUGCUGGCCACAGGAGGCAACCUGUCUGUGCUGCUGACACUGGGCCAGCGGAGCCGCAAGCUCUCUCGCAUGCACCUGUUUGUGCUGCACCUAGCCCUAACUGACCUGGGUGUGGCACUCUUCCAGGUGCUGCCCCAGUUGCUCUGGGACAUCACCUACCGCUUCCAGGGCCCCGACCUCCUUUGCAGGGCUGUCAAGUACCUGCAGGUGCUCAGCAUGCUUGCCUCCACCUAUAUGCUGCUGGCCAUGACACUGGACCGUUACCUGGCCGUCUGUCACCCACUGCGUAGCCUCCAGCAACCCAGCCAAUACACCUACCCACUCAUCGCUGCUCCCUGGCUACUGGCUGCCAUCCUCAGCCUCCCUCAAGUCUUUAUUUUUUCUUUGCGAGAGGUGAUCCAGGGCUCGGGGGUGCUGGACUGCUGGGCAGACUUCCACUUCUCCUGGGGGCCCCGGGCUUACAUCACCUGGACCACUAUAGCCAUCUUUGUCCUGCCUGUAACUAUGCUCACAGCUUGCUACAGCCUCAUCUGCCACGAGAUCUGUAAGAACCUAAAAGUCAAGACACAGGCCGGGAGGGUGGAAGGAGAGGGCUGGAGGACUGGGGAUAAGUCAUCACCUUCUGCUCCAGCUGCAGCAUCUCGGGGGCUGCCAUCCCGGGUCAGCAGCGUCAGUACCAUCUCUCGGGCCAAGAUCCGAACUGUGAAGAUGACCUUCAUCAUUGUGCUGGCCUACAUUGCUUGCUGGGCACCCUUCUUCAGUGUCCAGAUGUGGUCUGUGUGGGAUGAGAAUGCCCCUGAUGAAGAUUCCACCAACGUGGCUUUCACCAUCUCCAUGCUUUUGGGCAACCUCAGCAGCUGUUGCAACCCCUGGAUCUACAUGGGCUUCAACAGCCAUCUGCUGCCACGCCCCCUGCGCCAUCUCGCCUGCUGCGGGGGUCUCCAGCGCCGCAUUUGCAGGCAGCUCUCCAAUGCCAGCCUCUCCAGCCGCCACAUCACGCUGCUGACCCGUUCCAGCUGCCCGCCCACCCUCAAUGUCAGUCUCGGCCUGGGGGGGAGGCCCGGGCCUGCAGAGUCAUUGAAAGAUGUACAGCAGAUGGAAGAGGAGGCCCCAACUGAGACCAGCAUCGUUUAG